UAAAAUGUCGCUAAUUGUGGUCGAGGACGAUUCGAGCGACGAGAUAGCGUCCGUGUCUGACGGCGAACAAGGCAGACAUGCCCACGAAAAUAAGAUUAAGAGUAAAGCGAGCGCCCAAGAGUUGACGAUGGAUGAGAGGUCUUACGACGACGCAGAGACCGUAUCUACUCAAUCUACUGGGGAUAAUAAUGAUGAUGAAGAUAAACCCCUGUUAGAACUAAUGAAGCACCUAAUAAACUACAACGGCAAGCAGAACACCAAGCUGACGAACAACCAGCUGGUUGGAAUCCUGAAGAAGGAGUUCCAGCUGGACCCCGCCAACCUGCACUUCAUCAGCGUGGACAUAUAUAUGAAUGUGCUGAAGAAGUUCUUGAAAAGUUGGCCGCAGUGGGAUGAAUUUGAUCAGGUCAUGCAUGAAACCCGCUGCAUGGAUGACCAGGAAGAGAUUGAAAAAAUGCUGGACAUAGAAUACACAUCCCUAAAGGACUACCUCACCACCAUUUUGAAAGCGACCGAACCUUUUGCCAGGGAAGCGGCCCAGAAACUAAAACGAAGCCAGGAAAUACCAGAGUCCAGCAAAGCGGUCCCUGGCGAUGUUAUCUUAGAGAUUAAUUGCUCUAGAAAUCAAUUGAACAAACUGUUUUUUAGAAAACCGCAUCCCGAAUACAAUAGCACGAUAUUCAAUAUAAACCCUUACGUACCAUCUAAAAUAUGUGUCAACCAACAGACUUUUCAGUCUAUGCUGAAUUCAUGCUAUAUUAACAUUACUAUAAAUAUGGCCUGCUUUAACUAUAAAAGGGAAAUUCUGCCGAAUUUCAAGCAUAAGCUUAUAAAUAAAAAUCUAAGACAGAUACAACGGGAGCCGAAAUUAAACAGCCAUUUGCAAUCAGCGAAAAAUACGAAAUCUCAAGGGGAAGUGGCGAGAAAAGACUUGAAAUUAGUUAUAGGGAAAAUACAGCGGUCAAAUAGAUAUAGUAUAGAGCAGCAACAAGACGUAGAUAUGAUAUUUAAGACUAUAAAUGAAGAUUUGAAAGUGUUGCCAGCGACAUACAAUAAUGGCAGGGUGGAGAUACCUUGUACGUUCAGGUUUCAUAUGAGCGAAUAUCCAUAUGUGAGACAUUUGUAUGAAGAAGUUGAUGCUGAAUCGGAGAAGUAUGAUUUGCAGUUGGAAGAGAAGAUUUCACCAAUGCUGUGGUUCCAUAUAUCCAGGUUAAGCGUGGUGAACAAGUCGACGAACACGGACAGCACCUGGCUGCGGCUGGAGUGUUCCAUCUGUCAGACCAAGUAUCACGGCGUGCAGGGGAUAGACGCGCUGAAGGCACAUUUUAGAGAAGCCCAUCAGAACGAGCCUAAUUGGAGCUGCAGCCACUGCGACAAGGAGUUCGCGGCCACGCAGCUGGCAACCGCCAGGUGGCACCACCAGUGCGAAAACAUUGAGGAACACAAACUGUUCUAA